GCAAACCUGGAUAUAUCAAGCAUAUUAGUGACCAUAUUCCACAGGAAGAGAAGCAAAAGAAAUGUAUAAAAUGUGAGAAGAUUUUUAAAACAAAAUAUGGACUUAAACUACACCUGAAGGAACAUUUUAACGAAAGGCUAUCUUGUAUUGUUUGUGAUUUUCAAACUGCACAGAAAAGUAAUCUUGUUAAACACAUGGCAAGCAAACAUUGUCAGGAUCUGGAUGGAAAAGUUCUAGAUGAUCGAUAUAAAUGUGAUAAAUGUGAGUUCCGUUGUGUGUCUGAACACAUGCUCAAAAAUCAUCUUCUCAGAAAGCAUACAGAAAAAGAGGAGAUGAGAUUUCAAUGUGAGCAUUGCUGCUAUGCAACAGUAGAGAAAGCGGCUUUAGAUAAACACAGACGAUUUAAGCAUACGAAUGAGCGUCCCUUUAUGUGUGACACCUGUGGGUUUAGCACAGCAACUGCAAGCUCUAUGGCAAGACACAGACGCUCUCAUAGCCAAACCAAACCUCACAAAUGUGAUAUAUGUGGACACGAAUAUGCAGAUAAAAAGCGUUUAAGAGAUCACAUGUAUCUUCACUCAGAUUACAAACCCUUUCACUGUCACAUCUGCAGUUAUACAAGCAGAAGAAAUGACAAUUUGACUGCACAUAUCAGAAAGCGACAUGAUGUGACUAAAGAGGAAGGGGAGGUAUGUGAGGGAGUAGUCAAACAGUUGCUAGAGGCCCAGCAAGGAAAGAUGAAAGGACUGAUACUCACAGGAAUGGGUCAUAUAACAGAUACUCUUCUAAUCACAACACUUCCCCGACUACAGAAUCUCCGGAUUCUAGGGAUCGGUACACCAGAGAGGAUUACUCUCAAGAUACAGUUUGAACAUCUGAUUGCAGCUAUUGCCGCUAACUGUCAGCAGCUUGAGAGACUUGAGUUUAGAUGGGACCGGGAGGAAAUAAGGUUUUCGGAGAAGAACCAGAAAGCUAUUGAUAUUCUUAGGACGCGGUGUCUUAAACUCAAAAGUUUGGUUCUGUGCGAUGGUAAACUAUACGAGAUAAUGAGAGCUAACUUCGAGAGAGCAGAUCUUGGUAGUGUGGUUAGAACCACAGUUAAUAGUAGGGUCAACUUACUCUACCUUCUCAACCAUUAUUCUGAACUAUGCUUCCAAUAGAGAUUAUUCAACUACUAUUCUGAACUAUGCUUCCAAUGGAGAUUAUUCAACUACUAUUCUGAACUAUGCUUCCAGCAGUGAUUAUUCAACUACUAUUCUGAACUAUGCUUCCAAUAGAGAUUAUUCAACUACUAUUCUGAACUAUGCUUCCAACAGUGAUUAUUCAACCAUUAUUCUGAACUAUAGCUUCCAAUGGAGAUUAUUAAAUCACUUUUCUGAACUAUGCUUCCAAUAGAGAUUAUUCAACUACUAUUCUGAACUAUGCUUCCAAUAGAGAUUAUUCAACUACUAUUCUGAACUAUGCUUCCAAUAGAGAUUAUUCAACCAUUAUUCUGAACUAUGCUUCCAAUAGAGAUUAUUCAACCAUUAUUCUGAACUAUGCUUUUAAUAGACAUUAAUAAACCAUUAUUCUGAACUAUGCUUUUAAUAGACAUUAAUAAACCAUUAUUAUGAA